UGCUCGCACACACUGCCUGCUACAGGCACUUGCACAAAGUCACAGGUUCAGAAGACUAUACACAGUGUUUGUUCCAGGAUGGCACAAAACACACGCACACAGGGGCAGCCACACAGCCGCACAAUCUCAGAAUGUCACACAGUCGUGAGGUCACCUUCACGUCUACUUGCCCACUCAGGUGCACAAACACAGCAUCUUAGAAUUAUUUACGACCUCACAAUUCCAGGCACGUGUUGAGCCACGUGCACAGCCCACUUAGAACCUGCUCCAGUAGCCCCUGCGCACAUCACACGCACACACCGAACGCUGAAAUCAUGUGCAAUCCAUCUCCCACACAUCCUACCGGACCCUAGCCCCACUUAGUCUUCUACAGCUACACACAGGGUCACAUGCUGGCUACACCGCGGCGCACACACACAAUCUCCAAGUUGCUCCCGCUCGGCCUACUUCCCGAGAUCCCCUCCCCUUGGUCCCCAGGAGCCAGGAGGCUGCCUGAAGGGGCGGGGCCGACCACUCAGAUAUAAGGCCCAGGAGCCAGCAGCUGUGACUCCUGAGACCCCUGAAAGGCCAUGGUCCGCCUGCGGAUGUCCCGGGUCCUGUCUCAGUCGGUGUUCCUGUUGCUCCUUCUCCUUCCCCAGGCACAUCCUGCCGGUGUCUUCGAGCUGCAGAUCCAUUCUUUUGGGCUAGGGCCGGGCCCAGGGCUCCCGCGGUCCCCCUGUAGCGCUCGGGGGUCCUGCCGCCUCUUCUUCAGGGUCUGUCUGAAGCCAGGGGUCUCCGAGGAGGCCGCGGAGUCCCCGUGCGCCCUGGGCGCAGCGCUGAGUGCGCGAGGACCCGUCUACACCGAGCAGCCCGGAGCGCCCGCGUCUGACCUGCCGCUGCCCGACCGCCUCAUGCGCGUGCCCUUCCGGGACGCCUGGCCGGGCACCUUCUCCCUCACCAUCGAGACCUGGCGGGAGGAGCUGGGAGAGCAGGUGGGAGAGCCGGCCUGGAGCCUGCUGGCGCGUGUGGCCGGCCGGCGGCGACUGGCAGCCGGGGCCCCGUGGGCCAGGGAUGUGCAGCGCGCAGGCGCCUGGGAGCUGCGCUUCUCCUACCGCGCCCGCUGCGAGCCGCCUGCCGUCGGGGCCGCAUGUGCUCGCCUGUGUCGCUCGCGCAACGCCCCCUCGCGGUGUGGCCUGGGACUACGACCUUGCCCGCCAUUCGAAGACCAGUGCGAGGACCCGCCCAUAUGCCUAGCUGGCUGCAGCCGGGAGCACGGCUUCUGUGAGCAGCCAGAUGAGUGCCAGUGCCUGGAGGGCUGGACUGGGCCCCUCUGCACUGUCCCUGUCUCAACCAGCAGCUGUCUUGGGCCCCGGGGCCCAUCCUCUGUCACCGCUGGAUGCCUCGCACCUGGGCCUGGACCUUGUGACGGGAACCCAUGUGCCAAUGGGGGCAGUUGCAGUGAGACGCCCGGCUCCUUCGAGUGCGCCUGUCCCCGGGGCUUCUACGGGUUGCGGUGUGAGGUGAGCGGGGUGACCUGUGCUGAUGGACCUUGUUUCAAUGGCGGCUUGUGUGUCGGGGGCACCGAUCCGGACUCUGCCUAUGUCUGCCACUGCCCACCGGGUUUCCAAGGCUCCAACUGUGAGAAGAGGGUGGACCGGUGCAGCCUGCAGCCCUGCCAGAAUGGCGGGCUCUGCCUGGACCUGGGCCACGCCCUGCGCUGCCGCUGCCGCGCCGGCUUCGCAGGGCCGCGCUGCGAGCACGACCUCGACGACUGCGCCGGCCGCGCCUGCGCCAACGGCGGCACCUGCGUGGAAGGCGGCGGCGCGCGCCGCUGCUCCUGCGCGCUGGGCUUCGGCGGCCGCGACUGCCGGGAGCGCGCGGACCCCUGCGCCGGGCGCCCCUGCGCUCACGGCGGCCGCUGCUACGCCCACUUCUCGGGCCUCGUUUGCGCCUGUGCGCCCGGCUACAUGGGCGCGCGGUGCGAGUUUCCCGUUCACCCCAACAGCGCGGACGCUGGCGCAGGCGCGUUGCCCGCGGCCUCGCCCGGCCUCAAGCAGGCAGAUCCCCAGCGCUUCCUUCUGCCGCCGGCUUUGGGACUGCUGGUGGCCACGGGCCUGGCCGGCGUCGCGCUCUUGCUGAUCCACCUGCGCCGCCUUAGCCCUGGCCGGGAUACUGGGUCUCGCUUGCUGACGGGGACCCCGGAGCCGUCAGUCCACGCGCUCCCUGAUGCACUCAACAACCUGAGGACGCAGGAGGGCUCCGGGGAUGGCCCGAGCUCCACCGUAGAUUGGAGUCGCCCGGAAGAUGGAGACUCUCGACCGAUUUACGUCAUAUCGGCUCCUUCCAUCUAUGCUCGGGAGGCCUGACCUGUGCCUUCUCUCUCAGUACCUGGAGACAAAGCCUGGAUAUCUUUGUUGUUCAGUGGUGCCCAAUCUCAGCCCCAGACACUCUGGAGUGCUCGCUGAAGGGGUGGCUGGGAGAACUUUACUGUUGGAAGUUGUACAUAAUGGUUAUUUAUAUCCUAUUUUUUCAUAUCUCACCAGAAGCAUCUUUAUAAAGGCUCUUAUUUUGACCAAAUA